AUGGGAAUGUUAGGAAAUGGAUUCAUUGGAUUAGUGAACUGCAUUGACUGGGUAAAGAAUAAAAAGAUCUCAUCAGCUGACUUCACACAAUUUUUAACUGCUUCCUGGGCAUUGGCUAAUCACCUUACCAACUGGUUUGCCACCUGCCUCAGUGUUUUCUACUUCUUUAAAAUAGCCAAAUUCUCACACUCCUGCUUUGCCUGGCUGAAGAGAAGAAGCAAUAGACUCAACUUUAUGGACACAAGUGACUUUAACACAGAGGCUCAUAAAAAGGCCAUGAAAAUGGUGAUGUCUUUCCUCCUCCUCUUCACAGUCCACUCUUCUUGCAACAUAACGGCACACGCGAUUGUCUUUGUAUUGCAGAAUCAAGAAGUCAAUGUUGUUAUCAUAUUCCUAUCAACUCUUUUUUCUGCAGGCCACUCAUUCAUCCUAGUUCUGGGAAACAGCAAACUGAGACAGGCUGCUUCAGGACUACUAAGGCAUCAUAAAUGUCUUUGA